AUGUUCUAUAAUCUGAUUAAAACUGUUGAUCGUGCGGGAGGUGUUAUUAUUAUUUGCAUAAUAAUAUCUAUUUUAAUGGAAGCCAUUAUUAUCUUAUACUCAAUUCUUUUUAUGGAAGGUCCCAAUUAUCUUGUAUUCAUCGGCUGUGUUAUUUUUCUAGCAUUGUUUUUGUCAUUAGUGUUCUUUAUUUCACUUUUCGUUCCUUUAUCAGUAGAAUUAUCGACGAUGUGGAAUUUGUUGAUGUCAGUUUAUUUCAAUGCCUUCGAUAUCAACUCAGAAUUAAAGAUGCUGAACAUGCUUCAAAUGCAGAAAAGUAUGAACGACGGAAUAAGUUGUAAUAAGUUCUUUAUUUUAAAUAAGAUAUUCAUUAUGAAGAAAAUUUUAUUAUGUAUUAUGUAA